AAAUGAGUAACUUUCGAAAGACGUAAUCGCUAAAGUAUUUACAGAAAAAUAUUAUCGACUUAUAUUAAGCGAGAUGACCGUUUUUUAUCAUUUAAUAUCUGCUCAAUUUACAAUCAGGCGCUGUAAAGGCUGCUGUUACGCAUUUAGUAUUCGUCGGAAUGAUAUUAGGACCCAUUUGAAAGUGAAAGAUGGCUGCCAACUCUAGAAAGUCUGUUUUAUUCGUGUGUUUGGGGAAUAUUUGUCGUUCCCCAAUCGCAGAAGCAGUGUUCCGAAAAAUGGCAAGUGACAAUGGUGUUGUAGACCAAUGGGUUAUAGACAGUGGUGCUGUUUCAGAUUGGAAUGUGGGAUGCUCUCCAGAUGCGCGUGCACUGGACUGCCUUAGGAAGCAUGGCAAUGAGACAAGCCACAGGGCAAGACAGAUAACAAAGGAUGACUUUGUGAAGUUUGAUUAUAUUCUUUGUAUGGAUGAAAGCAAUUUGAGAGACCUCACCCGGAAGGCCAAACAGGUGCAAAAUUGCAAUGCUAAAAUCGAACUUCUUGGUUCUUUUGAUCCACAGAAACAACUGAUUAUUGAAGAUCCUUAUUAUGGAAAUGAAGAGGAUUUUGAAACUGUUUAUCAGCAAUGUGUCAGAUGUUGCAAAGCAUUUUUGGAUAGGUGGUCUUGAUAGUUCUCAGAAUUAUUAAAGCUUACAAGCAACAUUAAUGUCAAUGAUAUAGUAAAUGAAUCUCCUGGCUGUAUAAAAAUAAUUGCACAUCAGUCUAAAGUUAGUACUUACAUUGAUAUUUGAUGAAUCUUUAGUGGAAUUCAAUGUCAUUUUUGACAACUGAAAUAAAGUACUUUUAAAAUGAUUUAUGCAGUUAAUUACUUAUUAAUUUCAGCAACUAGUUAACUCCAGUUUUAAAAUCUUAGUUAUUCAGAAUAUUAAUAUAACAUACUAUAUUUGAUUCAGUGAUUUAUCAAGGAUAGUUUUCUUUAAAUAAUUUUGCACAAUAUAGAUGCACACCACUUUUAUCCUUGUCAUAAUGUUGGAUUACUUAUCUAUGUAAAUUAUUGUUGAAGCAGAGCAAAAGAGAAUAAAAUUGGAGAUAUUAAAUCUACUUGACAAACUGUAUUAUUAAUGUACUCUUUAAAAAUUUGCAUUGCUUCUGCAAUUGAAAGUAGUGAGGCUUGGCUGAUUUAUUUAAUUUUUUGCAUUUUGUGACCCGUCUGAAAAAGAAUAUUUCUGUUCCCUAAUUUAGGAAAAUGCAGGCUCAAAUCAGACUUAAAGCUUUUUUAUUUCUUGUCACAUUAUACCAGUAUAUUUGCUAUACAGCAUCUUUUUAAUAUUAAAC